AUGCGCGUAGUUCUUGUCAGCGGCGGUGUCAUCUCCGGCGUGGGAAAGGGUACGUCCUGUCCUCAGUCUUCGCAUUCGCCGUCCACCUCGAUGCAGCAACGCGUUAGCAGCAGCUUCGGGGGACGAUGUGAACCACGGCAUGGAGAAUGUUUUGUCCUUGCCGACGGCGGGGAGACGGAUCUCGACCUCGGCAACUACGAAAGGUAUCUCGGCAUUCAGCUCAGCAACGAGAGUAACAUGACCACCGGCAAAAUCUACAAGCUUGUUCUGGAUAAAGAAAGACGAGGCGACUACCUAGGAAAGAGUACGGAAUCGAAGAUGAAAACUUGGGCCGCGGCUAUUAUGAUCAAUGCCGUGACGGCCACGCCACCUGUCGCGGUCCAGGUUGUUCCUCACAUCACAGAUGCAAUGCAAGAAUGGAUCGAAAGAGUCGCCAAAAUUCCUGUAGACGAUUCGGGAGAGGAGCCUGACGUCUGUAUUAUUGAACUGGGUGGUACCGUCGGAGACAUUGAGUCUGCCCCCUUCAUCGAGGCCUUGGUCCAACUUAGACACAGACUCGGUCGGGAAAAAUUUUUCAGCAUUGCAGUGUCAUACGUACCCAUUAUCAACGGGGAGGAAAAGACCAAGCCGACACAACACGCUAUCAAGCAAAUGCGAAUGGCUGGAUUGAUCCCUGACAUGGUUGCCUGUCGCUGCGAGCGGGAACUGGAUGACGCCACAAUCCAGAAAAUCGCUCGAAGCUGUCAAGUCGAAUACGAACAAGUCAUUGGCGUUCGAGACAUGGAGACCAUCUACCAAGUGCCGUUGCUCCUCGAGCAGGAAGGUCUACUGAAGCAGCUACAAAAAGGCCUCGCCCUGGACAAGACUACCUUUACUCUGCCAGCAGCCAGAGUCCAGCAGGGACAGGCCCUGUGGGAUAUCUGGACUAAAACUGUCGCUCCCAAACAUCACCUGCCGCCUGUUACCAUCGCCUUGGUUGGAAAGUACGUGACUCUUGACGACGCUUACCUUAGCGUGCAUAAAGCUCUUGAACACUCAGCUAUGCGGUGUGGCCGUAAGCUAAACCUCGUUUCGGUGGAUUCUGAGCACCUUGAGCACGACAUGCAACAGAAGGAACCCACCAAGUACCACAAUGCCUGGAAGGCUCUUUGUGAAGCUGAAGGAAUUAUAGUUCCUGGCGGUUUUGGCUCAAGAGGAGUGGAAGGCAUGAUUGAAACCACAAAGUGGGCUCGAGAGCGACGAGUUCCCUUCCUUGGCAUCUGCCUCGGUCUACAGGUUGCGGUUAUGGAGUACGCCCGUAAUAUAAUGGGGUUGAGAGAUGCUACCUCUGAAGAAAUAUCUGCCCAUGCAGAGCACCGGGUAGUUAUUUUCAUGCCGGAAGGGUCCAAGGAACAAAUGGGCGGCACGAUGAGACUCGGCACUCGAACGUCCCACUUCAAGCCUGGGACGGAAUGGAGCAAGCUUCGCGCCAUGUACGGUGGCGCCGAUGUUGUGGUGGAACGUCACCGACACCGUUAUGAGGUCAACCCCAAGUACAUUGAGGAUUUGGAAAAUGCCGGACUCAGCGUGACUUCGCUUGACGAUCAAGGUGUGCGGGUCGAGACUAUCGAACUGAAGGAUCAUCCUUUCUUUGUCGGGCUACAAGCACAUCCCGAGUUCACCAGCAAGGUGUUGAACCCGUCGCCCGCUCUAUUGGGAUUUGUCGCGGCUAGCGCCGGAUGCUUCGACGAGAUAUCGAAGAUGGCGGAAAAGAAAGAAAUGCUUGUCAACGGAACUAAUGAUGCGUCAUUCUAA